UCCCGCAUGGAGUCCCGAGGCUCCUCCCUCCGCUUCCCCCUGCCGGCAGGGUGUCCCGUGCCUCCUUGGAAGACGGAAGCCGAGGAGGAGGGAGAGUCGGAGGAGCGGCGGCGGCGGCGGGAUGGGUGACUCCAAAGUGAAGGUGGCGGUGCGGGUCCGUCCCAUGAACAGGAGAGAGUUUGAUCUGCAUACAAAAUGUGUGGUGGAUGUGGACACAAACAAGGUUAUUCUUCACCCUGUAAACACCAAUCUUGCAAAGGGAGAUGCCAGGAGCCAGCCAAAGGUGUUUGCUUACGAUCACUGUUUCUGGUCUUUGGAUGAAUCUGUAAAAGAAAAAUAUGCAGGUCAAGAUGUUGUUUUCAAGUGCCUUGGAGAGAAUAUUCUUCAGAAUGCCUUUGAGGGCUACAACGCAUGUAUCUUUGCCUAUGGACAGACUGGGUCUGGAAAAUCUUACACAAUGAUGGGUACAGCCGACCAGCCUGGAUUAAUCCCGAGACUCUGCAGUGGUCUCUUUGAAAGAGCACAGAAAGAGGAAAACGAAGAACAGAGUUUCAAAGUGGAAGUUUCCUACAUGGAGAUUUACAAUGAGAAAGUCAGAGAUCUCCUUGACCCCAAAGGAAGCCGUCAGUCAUUAAAAGUUAGAGAGCACAACGUCUUUGGUCCUUAUGUAGAUGGACUAUCUAAACUGGCUGUUGCCAGCUACAAGGACAUAGAGUCUUUGAUGUCAGAGGGUAACAAAUCUCGAACAGUGGCUGCAACCAAUAUGAAUGAAGAGAGCAGUCGGUCACAUGCAGUCUUCAAGAUCAUCCUCACACACACACUGUAUGAUGUACAAUCAGGGACAUCGGGUGAGAAAGUGGGCAAACUGAGUCUGGUGGACUUAGCGGGCAGCGAAAGGGCAACUAAGACUGGUGCUGCAGGUGACAGGCUGAAGGAAGGAAGCAACAUUAACAAGUCCCUUACAACUCUUGGGCAGGUUAUUUCUGCUCUAGCGGAUCAGGCUGCUGGCAAGAACAAGAACAAAUUUGUUCCAUAUCGUGAUUCUGUGCUCACUUGGUUACUUAAAGACAGCCUUGGUGGUAACAGCAAGACUGCUAUGGUGGCAACAGUCAGCCCAGCAGCAGAUAACUAUGAUGAGACCCUUUCCACAUUGAGGUACGCAGACCGGGCCAAGAACAUAGUUAAUCAUGCCGUGGUGAAUGAAGACCCCAAUGCCCGCAUCAUCCGAGAACUCCGAGAGGAGGUGGAGAAGCUCCGAGAACAGCUCACCAAAGCAGAGGCGAUGAAAUCACCAGAACUAAAGGAUCGGUUGGAGGAAUCUGAGAAAUUGAUCCAGGAAAUGACUGUCACCUGGGAAGAGAAAUUAAGAAAAACAGAGGAGAUAGCACAGGAGCGGCAGAAACAACUGGAAAGUCUUGGCAUAUCUCUUCAGUCUUCUGGAAUCAAAGUUGGGGAUAACAAGUGCUUCCUCGUUAAUUUGAAUGCAGAUCCUGCUCUCAAUGAACUUCUGGUCUACUACUUAAAGGAGCACACAUUAAUAGGGUCAGAUGACUCCCAAGAUAUCCAAUUAUGUGGAAUGGGAAUUCUUCCUGAACACUGUAUUAUAGAAAUAACAUCAGAAGGACAGGUUAUGCUAACACCUCAGAAAAAUACUAGAACAUUUGUAAAUGGUUCUGCUGUUGUGGGUCCUACACAGCUACACCAUGGAGACAGAAUACUGUGGGGAAACAACCACUUCUUCAGAUUGAGUUUGCCAAAAAAGAAAAAGAAAGUAGAGCAUGAGGAUGAAGAGCAAGACAAUUCUAUGGGGUGCAGCAACAGUGUCGAGCAGCUAGAUAUAGAUGGAGACAGUUCCAGUGAAGUGUCCAGUGAAAUGAACUUCAGCUAUGAAUAUGCCCAAAUGGAAGUUAUCAUGAAGGCACUCAGUGGCAAUGACCCGAUGCAGUCAAUCUUGCAGAGCGUGGAACAGCAGUACGAAGAGGAGAAGCAAUCCGCACUGGAGCGGCAGAGAUUAAUGUAUGAGCACGAACUAGAGCAGUUGCGAAGGCGGCUGUCUCCAGAGAAACAACACUUCCGCAGCAUGGACAAGUUCUCCUCUCACUCGCCCAGUGCUCAGCAGCGCAUACGCCAGUGGGCAGAAGAGAGAGAAGAAAUGUUGAACCACAGCCUGAGGAAGCUGAGAGAGCAAAUUUUUAAAGCUAAUUUGUAUGUGAGAGAAGCCAGUUUCAUCUCAGAGGAAUUGGACAAGAGCACGGAGUAUAAGGUCACUCUGCAGAUCCCAGCUUCAAGCCUUAAUGCUAACAGAAAGCGAGGUGCAGUUCUCAGUGAGCCUGCUGUUCAGGUGAGAAGGAAAGGGAAAGGCAAACAGAUCUGGUCACUGGAGAAAUUGGAAAACCGGCUGAUAGAUAUGAGGGAUCUUUAUCAAGAGUGGCAGAAGCGCGAGGAGGAUGACCCAUUAACUAGGUCUUACUUCAAGCGAGCUGAUCCAUUCUAUGAUGAACAAGAAAACCAUAGUCUCAUCGGAGUGGCCAAUGUUUUUCUUGAGUCCUUGUUUUAUGAUGUGAAGCUGCAAUAUGCUGUCCCUAUCAUCAAUCAGAAGGGAGAGGUGUCAGGUCGUCUUCAUGUCGAAGUGGUGCGAGUGAGUGGAGCGAUUGGGGAGAGAAUUGUAGGAGGUGAUGAUAGCACAGACUGUUCAAGAGAGAACGACACACAGGAGAACAAGCUAGUUUGCAUGAUUAAAAUACUUCAGGCUACUGGUUUGCCUCAGCAUCUUUCUAACUUUGUGUUCUGCAAAUACACUUUCUGGGAUCAACUGGAGCCAGUUACGGUUGCCCCUGAGAUGGACCCCUCUUUAUCCCCCAUCAGCAAGGAGCCGCAGUGCAUGGUUGUCUUCGAUCACUGCAAUGAGUUUUCGGUAAAUAUUUCUGAAGACUUCAUGGAGCAUCUUUAUGAAGGGGCUUUGGCAAUUGAAGUGUACGGGCACAAGCAAAUUGAUCCUCGCAAAAAUUCAGCCGUGUGGGAUUUGGGAAUAAUUCAAGCCAAAACGCGAAGCCUUCGUGACAGAUGGAGUGAGGUAACCCGAAAAGUGGAGCUCUGGGUUCAGAUUCUGGAACUUAAUGAGAACGGGGAGUACUGUCCAGUUGAGGUGAUUCCCGCCAAGGACAUAAAUACUGGUGGCAUCUUUCAGCUCAGACAGGGGCAGUCACGGCGAAUCCAGGCCGAAGUGAAGUCGGUGCAGGAAUCUGGGACCUUGCCUCUAAUGGAAGAAGCCCUACUAUCUGUUGGAGUUGGCUGUGUUCAAAUAAGGCAUGUCAAGUCACAAAAAGUUCAUGAGACUCAUCAGGAAGGAGAGGAUGAUAUGGACAGUUAUCAGGACAGGGAUUUGGAGAGACUGCGUCGGAAAUGGCUGAACGCAUUGACAAAACGUCAGGAAUACCUAGAUCAACAGCUGCAAAAACUCGACAGCAAACCUGAUAAAACAGAAGACGAUACAGAUCGGGAGGCACAACUGUUAGAAAUGAGGCUCACCCUUACUGAAGAAAGGAAUGCUGUAAUGGUUCCUUCUGCUGGCAGUGGGAUCCCUGGAGCUCCAGCAGAGUGGACUCCAGUGCCUGGUAUGGAAACCCAUAUUCCAGUUGUUUUCCUUGACUUAAAUGCGGAUGACUUUAGCUCUCAAGAUAACCUUGAUGACCCAGAACCUGGUGGAUGGGAUGCUACUCUCACUGGGGAAGAGGAAGAGGAAUUCUUUGAAUUGCAGAUUGUGAAACACCAUGAGAGUGAGGUGAAAGUAGAAGCCUCCUGGGAUUCCACAGUCCAUAACUGCCUUCAGCUCAGUAAAGGAACAGCAACAGAUGAAAGGGUUUUCCUUAUUGUGAGAGUGACAGUCCAGCUUAGCCAUCCUGCAGAAAUGCAGCUAGUGCUACGCAAACGUAUCUGCGUUAAUGUCUACGGGAGACAGGGUUUUGCACAGAGCUUCCUGAGAAGAAUGUCUCCCCGAAGUUCCAUUCCUGGCUGUGGAGUCACCUUUGAGAUAGUCUCUAAUAUUCCAGAGGAUGCUCAGGGAGCUGAGGAGCGGGAAGCACUAGCAAGGAUGGCAGCUAAUGUUGAAAACGCAGCUUCGGCUGACUCAGAAGCCUAUAUUGAAAAGUACCUUCGGAGUGUGCUGGCAGUGGAGAACAUUCUCACCCUGGAUCGUCUUCGCCAGGAGGUUGCGGUGAAAGAGCAGUUAACGGGGAAAGGAAAACUUAACAGGAGGAGUCUGAGCUCUCCCAAUGUCAAUCGGAUAUCUGGAAGCCGUCAAGAUUUAGCUCCCCCGUACAACCUUGGCAGUCACAAGGGUCGAUGGGAGAGCCAGCAAGAUAUAUCCCAAAUUUCAACACAUUCUGGUAGUGGGAUGACCCCAUCUCAUACAUCUUUGUCAGGCUCUGCUCAGCAAAACCAUUCCAAUGAUCCAGGACUCAGUAGCCUGGCUGCCUCCUACCUGAAUCCAGUAAAAUCCUUCGUGCCUCAGAUGCCAAAGCUGCUUAAGUCUCUCUUUCCUGCUAGAGAUGAGAAAAAGGGCAGGCAGACCUCUCCUCUUGCCCAGCAGAAAUGCAGCGAUAUGGCACAGGAGAGGAGGGCAGCUAACAAAAUUGUUGUCUUUGACCUUCUGACACAGCCUGUCCCACGAAUUAUGGUUCAGUCUGUCAGCAUUGAUGCCAGUGCUACAAAGUUAAAACAGGUUAACCAAGAAGGGGGGAAAGAACCAUUUGAAAUGGCCAGGCAAUCUACAGAGGCAGAAAAGAACCAAGAGAAGAUGCCCAAAGUGCCUUCGCAGGAGCAUACCGCAGACAUUCAGGCACAGGACUCCCAAGAGGGGCCUCCAAGCCCCCUGAGUGAAGCCUCAAGUGGUUACUUUUCUCACAGUGUUUCAACAGCGACUCUGUCUGAAGCGCUCACUCCAUGGAACGAAGCGAUUGUUCAGACAGGUGGUCAAACAUCUACAGUGAGCAACAUCUCCCCACCCACCCCAGCUGUUCAGGUAACUUCUGCUACUGACGUUUCAAUGCAGACAGAGUGCGCUUCAGAGGGCUACCCUGCUGUUAAAAGAGACAAUCAAGCUGCUUCUGACCUCAGCACUGCCCAUGUGAGACCUAAGGACAGCAGCGACGUGAAUGGUAACGAGCAUCUAAAGUCCAAGUCCUUUGUCCCCCCUGUGACUCAGAGUGAAGAACUAGAUGUUGCCUCUAUAGCCAUUGAUGCAAAAAGCGACGUUUCUACCUCCAUCCCAAAGAAGGAGCUGCUGACCAAACAGCUAAUGGCUUCAACAGCUGGAGAGUCGGUGGGAGAAGCUGUCAGGAAAAAGGACCACACAAAACCCACCUCUGCUUCAGAAUCCAGAGCUCCCAAACCACAGCCCGUCCUCUUGUCGCAGCCCAGCGCUACAGCCUCUCCAUUCAAAAUCCAAAAAGUCAGGACAUCUGAGCUCAAAUCUUUUACAUGCAUGCUGGGGGGAGAUUCUGGGUGCUCUUCAAGCCCAGAGGAAGAGGAGAGAGAAAAGAACCGGGUGACUGCACAAGGGUUGAGCCAUAAUGGUGCGGAGACAGCUGAUGAAAAACUGGAAGCGGCUUCUGAUUCUGAAGAUGCCAAUGAAAUCCCAGAAUGGCUAAAAGAGGGAGAAUAUGUCACUGUUGGCACAAAUAAGACAGGCACAAUUAGAUACGUUGGCCCCACUGACUUUCAAGAGGGAACAUGGGUUGGUGUGGAACUCGAUUUGCCUUCAGGUAAGAAUGAUGGUUCCAUUGGGGGAAGGCAGUACUUCAAAUGCAACCCAGGCUAUGGGCUCCUCGUGAAACCAAACAGAGUGAAAAAAGCCACCGGAGCAGCAAGACGGCGGAGCGCUGGGCUUAGGUUGCAAGGGGGAGCUACGCCCGAGAACCGGAAGAGCAACAAUUUCUCAGGCUCAGCCUCCAACCUGACAUCACUGACAGCCCUAGCCAAAAUGGAAGGAUCUGCUCUCCAACCCGAGAAGAUCCAGAAGAACGCAGAGAACAGGAAAUCUUGGGCUAACUGAAAGAGGCUUACAGGCCUCACAAGCUGGUUCGAAAAUAGCUUGUGAAGCUGUCACCGAAGUGGAUGUGCUUGCAACGUUAAACCAACCUGGUAAACUUAGCUCUGGCAAACACUAAAGGAGGGGUUUUUCUCUACUUUUGUUGCUGACAUGUUAUAUCUUUGCCUUGUCAUGGUGAUGGAUCUGUGUGUUUAGGCUCCUGACACAAAUUGGGACACUUCAUUGUGUGGCUUAUUUCAAAUAGUGAAGGUUGUGGGAGGGGGUUUAAUGGUGCUGUUUUAAGUCAUUCACAGAAUGAACAGCCAGAUCGGUGAUUCAAAGUAUCGUAUGAGUUUCCAGCAGCUGCGAAAAAUUAACUGGAGCGAUUUCCCGACCCACAACAUCUAUACUUCCCUAAACAUGGUUGGCAGUUCUGUAAACAUCAAAAUGCAGCAUGCAAGGCUCCAUCCUUUUGGAAAAGCUGUGUCUGUAUCAGGCAAUAAUGAGAAACGGAUACAGUUAUAAAGAAGAAAGAAGUUAUAUUGCGAAGGAAACAGAACAAAAAUAAUCAACUUGGUUACAUGACCUGGAACCAGUGCCUAUCUUGAAUAAUGUUUGUGUCUUUCUACUCUUAUUGAAAUCAAUGGGAUUCUACCCUAUCAGUGGCUUUUGAUCCCUGUUUUUUAAAGGCAUAUUCAAAUUUAGUUAACCCACUAAAUAGAUUAUAGUUAUUUUAACAGGACAUAGACUCUGUUCACCUUCCUUUCCUCCCUGGACACACUGUGGAAUAUUGCUCUCGUUGUUUCUUUAGUUUGUCUUCAGGAUUUUUGCAAAGAUAUCAGUGUUCUCUAAAGUGCUACAGUAUUUAUAACAGCUUUUUCCAGUUCUGUCUGUACUGCCUGUUGGUGACGUACUCACAAAGAAAGAUGUGGGCACCAUGCACAACCUUCACUGGCAUUUGCAUUUCACCAGGUUUCGUAAAGUGAAGGCCUGCUGUUCCCAUACUGAAUGAUCCAGUUGUAUUUAUUAUUAUUUAUUGUUUUAAAAAAUAUGAAAUACUUGCACUUCACAAUCGCCCACUGCCUGCCAUUGCACAGAGGCGCUCUAUUUAGCGUCCUACUGAAUAGCCUCCCUUUUAGAAAGGCUCCUGCCUAACCAGCAAAACCCUCUUGAGAUGGCUCCUAAAAUCACUUUAUUGGAACCCGUUGCACAUUCUUCCUCAAAACUAACAUUUUUCUGGAGGGUGGGAGAACUGGGCUGGCUUUUGUUGUUUUUAAACUUGAUUUUAUCUUUGGUGACCUUCACUAGUUUUUAAUUUCCUGUGGCAUGUAUAGAUAUUUUCUAACAAAUUACGUAAAGAAAAAAAUAAGACUUAAUUGUACAGUAUAUACAGAGCUUCUUAUACUUUGUUUAGUAAACGUUGAGGGACUAGAAAUUUUGAGCAAUGGAUGUUUGUAAUCUAUGUGAGGAACAUUCAGGAUGCUAAAUUAAUGGUUAAAACUUAAUAUGUAUCCAGCCUCUCUCCAUGCUGCACAGAUGUGUCUAAGUGCCUUAGCCAUCUGGUUCAGGUAUCCAAGGGAAACAUACAUUGUCAUCAAAGUAAACUUUAAAGGAGGUAGGGACGCUUAGUGCAGGAGAUAAUUAUGCUGAUUGACUGUAAUUAAUAUCAAUUUAUGCAGAAGGAAUAAAAAUUAAAAUAGAAACUAAUCAGUAGUUGGAAUAAAAUUUGGAAUGGGUCAGAAUACAGCAUUCUAAAUACUGCCAAGCAUUAGUGCAUUCCUGCCAGCAUUGUAUAGUUCUGCUCUUUUCUAAGUUUUCAUAAAGGGAUUUAAAUGUACAGGCAGGUUUUUAAGAUUUUCAUAAACGUCCUACUUUUUUCUUCCCCUGCACAAAGCUGCAACACGGGUUGUCAGAGAGGGGUUUGCCACCCACUAGACCAGUGUUGGAAAACUUUUUAUAUUUCUCUCCUUUCAAGCCUGAAAACGUGGGGAAAUUAGCAACAAAGACUGGAGAAGCUAAAUCCUGAAUUUAAUGUUAGGAAUAACUGUUUUUCAUAAACAUGCGACCUGCAACAACAGAAUUUAUUUUAUUAAGCAAUGAGAUAGUACACUCUAACCAAUGUAAUUUCUCAUAAUACUGCCUGGCAUUAUAAAACUCUCUCAAAUAUUUUUUUCCAAAUGAGCUUCACUUUUAUUCUUCCAAUAUGGGUACAGAUGGCUGGCUACUGUGAAGCAUCUUCUUGAUUUAGCUUUUAUUAAUCUCAUCAUUUCAUGUAUUGAAUUUGGGAAAAUCCUAACUUGUCCUUUUUAUUGGUCCCUUAUUUGGAGCAUACAGUGUUGUGAAUGGUAGAUCCGUGUUUUCUAUCAAUCCUCUAUUAAUCCCCUUUUCUCUUGCACCAUCAUAUCUUACCGACAGGGUCUGUCUCUGUGAAGAUUUUGUAUGUUAAAUGAUUGAUCUUCACAGAUUUGAUCCAGUACUUUCACUAGUAUUUGGGGACCAAGCAAAGGGAAGCUGGGUGAAUAUUUCAUUAUUUAUUUUACCUAGUCUGCAUUCCUUUUUGGCCACGUUCACAUUGUGAUUCUGAUUGUGUAAACACUUCAGCUUGUGUGUGACAUUACUGAAGUGUUUGAAGGAUCAGGGUCUAGGGUAGAAACUUUGCCACCCACUAGAGCUUUGGCCUGGUAACCCUAACCUGUAUGAACAGGAUAUUUUUCCUAAUCGUGUUUCAAAACUAUGCUACAAAAUAUCAGUACAGUUAUACAAUAGCAUAAUUUGGCUAGCGAGAAAGAAAUUGUGCUAGCACUGUGUGCUUUAAACAUAGCGGUUGCUAGUAUAUAUUCAGCCUACUUUGGAAAGGCCCUACACCAGUUUUAGGAAUGCCCAGAGAGCUCUCCUUAGCAAUUCAUCUUGAAUAAGGAAGCUGUGUUUUAGCGACAGAACUCUCAGACUUCAGUAGAUGGUUAGGAUGAAAUCCUGGCUCCACUGAAGUCAGUAGUCAAACAUCCGUUGACUUCAGUGGACCCAGGAUUUCACCCAUAGAUUUUUUUUUGUAUAUAGACAGAUAUAGAUCUAUUUCACCACACUGAUCAGGGCCGGCUUUAGGCCGAUUCGCUUGAUUCCCAGGAAUCGGGCCCCGUGCUUUAGGCGCCUUUUUAAUUUUUUUCUUUACUCACCCGGCAGCAGUCCGCUU